AUGCCCCAGCGGCAGCCCCCAACCACUACACCGAUAGAAACGUCCCCAGUGAAGAUUAAUCCCUGCAGUAAGUGUGAUGACGAUUCAGUUUGUGUUCCGGUGGACGGAGGAAGAGACACCAUUUGUUUAAGUCAAGUGUUUCCAGCUAGUGCACCCCAGCGGACAAUACAAUGUCCAAUAAUAGAAGAUAGAGAGGCUAUGGUUGUCGAUACUUCUGGUUACAAAAUUGGCUCUACUGGAAGACUAAACUGUAGACACGGAUAUAUAGGUCCCACCAAGACUAUGAAUAUAACGUGUCUGUCGACUGGAAAUUGGAGUCAAAAUACCAUCGACUGUGAGAUAAUCUCUUGUGGUAAUCCAGAAGCUGACGACACAAAGACUGUCCAGUUUACUGCUGUAACAUUUGGAUCCACUGCUGUGUAUAGUUGUAGGCCAGGGUUCAGUGGAACUGGAGAUAGAAGCAGUGUCUGUCAGGAAAAUGGUUCUUGGAGAACUCCAAAUCUGACUUGUACACUGAUUUCUUGUGGUGAUCCAGAAGCUGACGACACAAAGACUGUCCAGUUUACUGCUGUAACAUUUGGAUCCACUGCUGUGUAUAGUUGUAGGCGAGGAUUUAGUGGAACCGGGGAUAGAAGCAGUGUCUGUCAGGAAAAUGGUUCUUGGAGAACUCCAAAUCUGACUUGUACACUGAUGUCUUGUGGUGAUCCUGAAGCUGACGACACAAAGAAUGUCCAGUUUACUGCUGUAACAUUUGGAUCCACUGCUAUGUAUUUUUGUAGACCAGGAUUUAGUGGAACUGGAGAUAGAAGCAGUGUCUGUCAGGAAAAUGGUUCUUGGAGCACUCCAAAUCUGACUUGUACACUGAUUUCUUGUGGUGAUCCAGAAGCUGACGACACAAAGACUGUCCAGUUUACUGCUGUAACAUUUGGAUCCACUGCUGUGUAUAGUUGUAGGCGAGGAUUUAGUGGAACCGGGGAUAGAAGCAGUGUCUGUCAGGAAAAUGGUUCUUGGAGAACUCCAAAUCUGACUUGUACACUGAUCUCUUGUGGUGAUCCAGAAGCUGACAAUACAAAGACUGUCCAGUUCACUGCUGUAACAUUUGGAUCCACUGCUAUGUAUAGUUGUAGGCCAGGGUUCAAUGGAACUGGAGAUGGAAGCAGUUUAUGUAAGGAAAAUGGUGCUUGGAGCACUCCCAGUCUUACAUGCACACAACAAUCAUUUCCUCCUACUGUCUCCUGUGACAACCCUGUAGGAGAUGACACAAAGACUGUUGAGUUCAAUGAAGUAACUGUUGGUUCUGGAGCACAUUAUAGCUGUAUCUCUGGUUACACAGAAACUGGGGAUGGAACCAGUGUCUGUCAAGAAAGUGGUUCAUGGAGCAACCCGAACCUGGUUUGCGCACAACGACAGUUUCCUCCUCCUGUCUCCUGUGACAACCCCGGAGGAGAUGACACACAGACAAUUAAAUUCGAUGAUGUUACAAUUGGUUCGAGAGCACAUUAUAGCUGUAUCUCUGGUUACUCAGAGACUGGGGAUGGAACCAGUGUUUGUCAGGAAGACGGUUCGUGGAGUACUAACAGUUUAGUUUGCACACCGACUACCGGUUUUAUUGAUCCUGGAAGUUCAUCCGAAAUUUGUCCAAUAUUAGAUAGUACUGACACCAUGGAUGUAAAUGUCAACGGAUAUACAGUUCAGUCAAUGGCAAAAUUGCGUUGCAAAGAAGGAUACAAGAAUACAAUGGAUACAAUGGAUAUGGUGAAGACGACCUGCUUAUCAACUGGAGAAUGGGAACCAUAUAGGAUUGAGUGCGUCUUAGAGAUAUGA